GAUUAAAUUCAAUGAAUCAUUUUAUUCAGUGUAUUGAACACAAAAUAUAUUUUGAUAAAUUAUGGUAACCACACAGUUGACAGUAACCAUUGACAUCAAUAGUAGAAAAAUCAAAUGCUAUGGAAGUCAAUAGGUACCAUCAAGUAAAUGAUGUAAGAAUUUUUUUUUUUUGGAGAAUUAUCCCUUUAAGGACAUUGCUCUAUUAUAGGAAUUUCUAGAACAUCUAAAGAUUGGCAGAUAGGCCUAACCAGUAGCCUAACCAUUGUUAAAUAAAUAAAAUAUGUAAGCAUAUCCCUCUUUAGCCCGGGUUGCAUUGCACGAUUUUUGCCAUCCUGUAGAUCAUUUUCACACUGUGCUAAAACAACAGGCCUAUCAGAAGAGAGGCUCAUGAAUAUAACUUAUUACAGGCCAAAACAACCUGUUCUUAGCAGAGCUCCUGAAAGAGGAGCUGUAAAAAAUAAAUAGAGAUUGUUUUUGAUACUUAAACUGCAAAUAUAUAUUCUAUACUAGAAAUGAGGAGAGGUCCAGUAUGACUCACACUUAAUAAACCACUGUGAACUUUAAACACUGAUUGUCACAUGAUCUUGGACUUCACACAUAGACCUCACUUCCUUUAUCAUUCUACCAUAUGCUAAAACCAGCAUCAAUAUGCAGAAAACACCAAACCUGCCAACCUAAAACUAAGUUGAGACUGUGAUCAAAUGUCUACUUAAUGUUUCAGUCAGUGAGAGUAAUAUAGAUGUGGGAUGUGAUCUGAGAUGGCAACUGUUUAUAAACACAGCCUGGUUAUAAUACGACCUUAAGGCUCAUCCAACAAUAUUUUUAAAGCUGAAUCAAAACACACACGUUAACAAACAUGUAACCUUAACCUGAAUAUAUAUUAAAAAAUAAAACCUUUUUUCACACUUUAUUGGCGUCUUGUGUAAUGAUAGCUUACCACUGACCUACAUGAAGUCCUCUGCUGUUGUUUGUAUUAUGAUGAAUGCUUUGCAUAUGAAUGAUAUUUUAGGUGUUAAACUUUAUUGAUACUUAAAAUUCACAAUGCAAAUAGUUUAAAUGACCUCAACCCACACACAAAAAUAGAUGGUUUUCUUGUAUACAGUAUGUACAUGUACAUCUAAAAAUAGCUGUAUGCAAAAUUUAUGAAACCUUUCUUAGAUUUCAAAAGGUAUAGAUUAAUCAAUGCAACAAUGAUCUAAACCAGUGCUUCUCAAACUUUUUGAGCGUGCGGCCCCCCUUUGUGUACGGCGCAUUCCUUUGCGGCCCCCCAAAGAAAAUUUAUGACAAGAAACUGUUCUAAAACUCAACUUUUAAUUAAACAAAACAUAUUAAAUGAUACGAAAUAGUGCUGUUGUUUAUUUUUUUAGGUUUAAUUGCACAGAAUUCAUGAUAAAUUAAUUUAUUUUAUAAAAUGUCAUAAAACUGGGGCCCCCCUGGCACCAUCUUGCUGGCCCCCAGUUUGAGAACCACUGAUCUAAACCAUCUAAGUGCACAUGUAAAACUUGUUCUUUAAAACUGCGGUAAAUGUUUCUCACCCUUAAGGGCUGACAAGUCUUUGAGUUCUCACCUCAUGUCUGACACUUCCGUUUUGAUACUCAGUUUUACCUCGAACUGCCUCUUUAUCAAGAUCAACACAAAAACAACAUUCAGCUUUAGCAGAGUUAAAAUGUUUGAUUAUAAUGUACAAGAGUUAACUGAGGUUAUUUAUGAAAGUGUGAGCAGUACUGAGUUUCAGAGAAUGAAGACGGACAGAAUGAAGUUGAUGCUGGAAAUCUGUCAUGAUGUGAGAGAUGAAGACUUCAGGACAGACUCCAAUACAACCAGACACCAACCACUGCAGUGUACAGUUACAGUGUGUUUGGUGCUGCUGUGUGUUCUUCUACUGACUGCAGUCAUAGUGCUGUGUGUCCUGAUCAAUACAAACAAUCAACAGUUUAACAUCAAGACCAAAAACAUCAAAGAAGAGAGAGACCAGCUACUAACCAAAUAUACCAACAUCACAGAAGAGAGAGACCAGUUACUAACUAAGAAGCACAACCUCACAGAAGAGAGAGAUGAAUUAUUAGCCAAGUGUAAUAAUACUACUAAACUAAGUGAGCAGCUGAAGGAGAAAAAUAAACUGUGGACACAACUUUAUGAUGGAUGGAUUUACUAUCAAUCCAAUUUGUACUUUAUUUCAUCUGAGAAGAAGAACUGGAGUGAGAGCAGAAAAUACUGUAGAGAGAGAGAAGCAGAUCUGAUCAUCAUUAACAACAAAGAGGAACAAGAUUUUAUUAAGAAGAAUUUUGGUAAGGACGGACUCUGGAUUGGUUUGUCUGACAGUGCUGUAGAGGGCAGAUGGAAAUGGGUUGAUGGCAGCACACUGAACUCUCGCUUCUGGAGGUCUGGAGAACCCAAUGGAGGUAGAGAAGAGAACUGUGUUUUGUCUUCUUCAUCAGGGUGGGCUGAUUUCCUCUGUAAUGAUGCUUUUCAAUGGAUUUGUGAGAAAGCACAGUAGCAACUUUCUUUAGACAUUUGUUUUUAAUUUAGUUCUAAACGUAAGUUCAGGAGGAACCCAAACAUUCAGGCCUGUCAAUCAUCAUUAUGAGUGUAUAUAAGGCAGUCUCCAGGCCUCUGCGUCCAGCUGCAAUUCUUCCAGCAUCCCUCCUCCUCCCCGUCUCCUGCUUCACUGCUCUCUUUCAUCCUCUGUUCAGUUCUGUUGCAUGAUGGGUUAAACUUGGGACUCAAGCUACAGCCUCAGGUUCAGAGCUCCCUUCAAGGACAGCAGGUGAAUGUGCAGGCGAACUAUAGUAAAGCCGUAACACAUUAUAGAUUCACCAGGCUCCACCUUUGCUCCAACACUACAUUUACCAUCACCUAAGUUUGAAUUACUGGCACCUGCCCCUCAUCAGCUCAUCUCAUCUCCACAGUAUACACAGACACACCUCAGAUGCACUCACUGUCUUACAGUAUCUCGCUUUGGUUCAUGGACUCUGUACCUGUUGGAUUACACUUAGCUUGUGUCUCCCUGAAAGUCCUACCUAGUACUCUUCCUUCAUGUCUAUGCUUCAUCUUGGUUACUCCUGUAAAUGGUUACCUCCAUACUUGCCAAGUGAUCUCCUGUCAGCCGCAAGUGGGGUGUGUAGAUAUUCAUCCAUUUAUUGUCAGUAUUA